UCCAUUUACAGUGUCGACUGCCACAACAUGAAGAUUACUUGAUAUCACUGGUUAACAUGAAACUACCAUCUUCAGUUGGAGUUUUUGUCAUAGCGCACUACAUCUCACACGUCUACAGUUCAGUACUAACAGGAAAGAGCCGAUGGUCGCCUGGUUUCUUGAGUCAAGUCCGUGACCUGUCUUGUGAGCCCGGAGAAGUCAGGAAUAACGUCACAUUCCUCCAUGGCACCAAAUCCGGGAAUUUUACCAAAUUAGGAAAAGUGUCUGACUUGGAAGUGUGUAUGUUGUUAUGCUGUGAGCUGGAUCGUUGCCAGGCUGCGUUUUUGGCGGGAAAGAACUGUUACUCGGUUACUUGUUUCACAGACAACCAUUGCGCAACUGCACCCGCGCUGAAUAACAAGUGGCAGCCAGUGGUGGCGUUCGUAAAGAGAUUACAUAAAGCAGUUCAUGUAGAAGCUGCUCACGAUGGUAACACUAUCAUUGACGCAAACGACGCUGGAAAGACUGGGGAGAGUAGCAGCAGUCAGAAUGGAAAGAAUGAUAACGCGCAGGCCAAAAAGAAGGCGCAUUUGAAAAAUUUUUUCAAAGAAGAAGAGAAGACAAGCAAAAUGGAGCAGAACAGCGCGCGGGGAAAAAUACCAGCUGGCGGAAUGGCGGAUACUGUUGAACUCGAUGAGCUACAAACACAAGCUUUAUCAAAUAGAAAAGUUGCGCAUGAGAAGAGACACUCUGCAAAGUACAGUCUGGUGUCAGCGGCAGUAGCCACGUGUCUUAUGGCUUUUGUUCUCAGUGGAUGCGCGGUUGUGGCGGCGAGAAUACGAAAACGAAAAGAAAGCGUCAUGGAUUAUGCUCAAGUACCAAACACUCAAGAAUAAUAACGAAAAUAUGACAAGUUAUGGAGGCACAAGCUAUCAAAGUGAAAAGAGUUAACCAAAGAAUAUAUAUUUUCUAGAAAAACAUGUGAAAAGAUGGCUAAGAAAUAAUCUAAAAGGCGUGGUCAGUGAUUUUUAAGAGGAGCUAAGUCAUGAGCAAUUGUGUCUACCACAAUAAGAUUUCUGGUUUCUCUGGUUAACUCUUACUUAUGUGCAGCCUGUCUACCCCAUCUAACUAAAACUUAAGGUUUCACUCUCUAACAAUACAAUAAUCUCAGUCGACGAAAUGACUCAACAUGUCGUAACAUGGCCCCUCACGAAGCACCUUAAAUUGAAUCCUAAUGGACCUUUCAAUAGUGUCUCAAAACCAAAACCAAUGAAAUCACAAAGGACAAAAAAAACUAAAGGACAUAUCGCCAGGAACAUUCUAAAGAAACGGUUUGAAGCGAGGGAAACGGAAAGGACCAUAUCAUUCAUAGAUUAAGUUUUGCAUCUGAUUGGUUGGGAGGUUGGUGUGGAUUUUCUAGACCAAUAAGUGCUUGGAUUGCUUUUACACUCAAAUUAAAGCUCCUCUACCAUAACUAUGAAUGGUGUUCCUAAAUCUUACUGUCAUGUAAAGUUGCACCAAAUGAGCUGAAAAAUAACAAAACUGAUUGAGGCAAGGCAUCUUAAAGAUAUCACCGAA